GAGGUUCAAAAGCAAACCGCAAAAUAACUAUACAAAUCAGUUUUAAGCCAAUAAACUGAUGAGAUGCCGUAAUGUAACGGGGCACAAAUUUUGAAAAGCGACGCAUAAAUAUGCUCCCGUAUAUGCUCAAACAGUUCGUGCACAAACCUACCUAAAUAUAGCCCGCAAAACACGCUUGUUUAUAUCUAGAUUCCUCCCUUCGCCCGUUAAACCGAGAUUUACCGGUACACAAAAAACAACCCAGUACUAUAUUAAGCAAUUCACUCAAUCAUCCAUUCCCCGAUCCGCCGUACCCUCACGAGGUUCGCGGGGGUGGGUGGAGCUUAUUCCAGCCAUCUCCGGGCAGUCGGAGGGGGACAACCUGAACCGGUCGCCAACCAAUUACAGGGCACACAGACACAAGCACAACCACCCAAGCCCAUGCUCACACCUAGGGACAAUUUAGAGUUUCCAAUCAGCCCGUCAUGCAUGUUAUCGCAAUAUUAAUAUGAAACAAAUCAACACACACACAAAACAGGAGAUAAGAUGAGACGAGUUUGUUGUACUUCCUCCUACAACCUCUGAAAUCACUAUUACCUGUUUACAUUCCAACAAACAAACAAACAAACAAACACCCAUCAGGAAGCAAUAACAAAGUAGCACGGUUAAGCACUGUGCAUUUUUCCAGCGUUAAAGGGGAUCGACAUGACAACAUAGACACACAAAAUAAAUGCCAACCAGGCGACAAAAAAAACGUCAUGCUAGUGUGCAACAGCUCAUCCCCUUUUCUUUUUUUUUUUUUUUCCUAGCACUCUUCCAGCAUGCAGAGUUCGCACCAUACACUGCUCAAGGCUCCCAAAAGGCUUAUCUAUGCCACAACUGUCUUUGGUAAACACCACCUAGGGUGCGUGAUUCUCAAAAAUGCCACUGUUGACCUUAAAACGUGCAGUCAUACUAAGUUAACGAAGCCAAUUGUAAAUUAUUCACACGUGACCCUGAAACAUGCUGAUUAAAGCUGGAAGAUUUUGCUCUUGUGACGAACGAAAUUAGAAAUCCAGCCCGUGUAUGCACAAAUGAGACAUGUCUUAAAAUCUGACGGGUUUUUUUAUGACUCAAACCAACAAGAAUUUGUAUGUUCGACGAUAGCUUCAACUCUAGUCAUUAAAUUUCAUAAUGACGGAAGGCACAACACUAUCCACGGAGAGUAAAGUUGUAACUGAAUUUACAAAAUUUCAUGAGACAAGACCAUCAUUUCUCCCACAUCAGGAGCCGUGAUGGCUCUUCUCAUGUUUCAAGAGAAAUGUGCAUCUUAUGAACGUAAUCUAAAAAAACAUUGGAACAUAAUCGGAACAUUCUGGCAAUUAGCAGCAUAACAGAAGCAUUUAUAAAACAAAUAAGAUAAUUGAAACCCACAGACAUUAACAUUCACAAAUCAUCCAGAUCAAGGCCUUCAAAGACUGGAUGACAACCAUGAAGAGCGUGGUGACGACUGGAGAUUCAGUGACAGCCCGGAGAGACGGCAACCGGGGCAGAACGGGUCAGCAACCCAAUCUGCAUCCUCUGAGAGGAGGGACCCAACCAAGCUACGAUGAACUCAAUGGAAAAAUACCCCCAGGGGUGCCCGAGAGGGGGGGAGGAUGAGCACCCCAGUCGGACGGACACAACGGCUACACAGACCCAGGCAACGGACAAUCGACUUUGAGUAAAACGUGUACAUGCGGCAAAGUCUGCAAGAACAUCCAUGGCUUGAAGAUCCACCGAGCGAGGAUGAAGUGCCCGUUGGGAGCAGAAACAACACAACGCACAGGUGUUACACCUGGUGAGACGCAGGAGGUGCCAGGCCCGGAGUCACCCCACAGUGCCCAGAACCUCCACGUGUUGCAAACUAAUCCCUCGAGCAUCAAGUCUGAAACGAGGCGGAUCAAAUGGCCUGCAGCUAGCAUGACCUCUCUCUGGAAGCAAUUCGACGACGAUGUCGACCAAAUUCUGGAGGCUAUGGCGAAGGGACACGCCGACGGGAAGCUACAAGCUAUGACAGCAGUCAUUGUCAGCUUCGCAGCAGAAAGGUUUGGCGAGGAGGAGAAGAAAAGCCCGGGAACAACGUACGCAAAGAAUCAAAGAGCGGUAAGGAUCCACAACAUCAGGCAGGAGAUGAAAACGCUGAAGUCCCAGUACAAGGCGGCAGGACAAGAGGAACGCACUGGCCUGGCCCAGCUAAUGUGCAUCCUACGGAAAAAGAUUAGAGUUCUCCGCCGUGCAGAGUGGCACCGGAGGCGGCGACGCGAGUGGGCACGGAAGCGUGCUGCUUUCAUCGCUAACCCCUUCAAGUUCACGAAGGAUUUGCUGGGGCAGAAGCGGAGUGGCAAUCUGGUCUCCUCGCAGGAAAUCAUAAACCAACAUCUGAAGCAGACGUACAGCGACCCCGCAAGAGAGCAGGAGCUGGGAGAAUGCAACAUCCUCAUAGACCCCGCUGAACCUGAAGAGCAGUUCGACAUGUCGGAGCUGCAGCUAAAGGAAGUCAGGGAGGUUGUCCGCAGAGCAAGGGCGAGCUCUGCUCCAGGACCGAGUGGCACUUCAUACAAAGUGUACAAGAACUGUCCCAAACUCCUGCUGCGUCUGUGGACAAUCCUGCGAGUCUUCUGGAGAAGGGGAAGGAUCCCUGAACAAUGGAGAAUGGCUGAAGGGUUAUGGAUCCCGAAGGAGGAAAACUCCACUCAGCUAGACCAGUUCCGCAUCAUCUCCCUGCUGUGUGUUGAGGCAAAGGUUUUCUUCAGUGUUGUUUCCAAGCGGCUGUGUACCUACCUGGCAAAGAACUCCUACAUCGAUACAUCUGUCCAGAAAGGUGGCAUCUCAGGAAUUUCAGGAUGUUUGGAACAUACCGGUGUGGUCACACAGCUUAUUCGGGAGGCCAGAGAGAACAAAGGUAACCUAUCAGUGCUGUGGCUUGACCUGGCAAAUGCAUUCGGCUCCAUUCUACACAAGCUCGUCCAGCUCACUCUGACAAAGCAUCAUGUACCCAGCAGAUGCAGAGAUCUCAUCGCUGAUUAUUACAGCAAUUUCAGGAUGAGGAUCUCUUCAGGAGCAAUGACAUCCAGUUGGCACAAGGUGGAGAUCGGCAUCAUCACAGGGUGUACUAUCUCUGUGACACUGUUCUCGCUAGCCAUGAACAUGCUCACAAAAUCUGCUGAGCCAGAGUGCAGAGGGCCCCGCACGAACUCCGGACAACGGCAACCACCCAUCAGGGCAUUCAUGGAUGACCUCACAGUCACGACAGAAUCAGUCCCAGGCUGCCGGUGGAUUCUGAAGGGUCUUGAAAAGCUGGUGGCGUGGGCCCGGAUGCGUUUCAAACCCGCCAAAUCAAGAUCUAUGGUGCUAAGGAAAGGGAAGGUGGAAAACAAGUUCCGGUUCACCAUAUCAGGCACAGCCAUUCCAUCAAUCUCAGAGAAGCCGGUCAAGAGCCUAGGGAAGGUUUUCGACUGCUCUCUGAGAGACACAAAAUCUAUCCAGUCGACAUGCACGGAGUUGGAUGGCUGGCUGAAAUCAGUGGACAAGUCAGGCCUACCGGGGAAGUUUAAAGCCUGGGUAUACCAGCACGGCAUUCUUCCCAGGAUCCUGUGGCCCCUCCUGGUCUACUCCGUCCCCAUCUCGACAGUUGAGACCUUAGAGAGGAAGGUCAGCAGCCACCUCCGGAGAUGGCUAGGACUUCCAAAGAGCCUGAGCAGCAUCGCUCUCUACGGAAACAGCAACAAACUGCAACUGCCCUUCAAAUCCUUGGAGGAGGAAUUUAAGGUCACCAGAGCCAGAGAAGUGGUUCAAUACAAGGACUCAAGAGAUCCGAAGGUGGCUAAGGCUGGGAUCCAAGUGAGGACUGGCAGGAAAUGGAGGGCAGAGGAAGGGGUUGAAGAGGCAGAUGCAAGGCUCCGGCACAGGUGCUUGACUGGAGUGGUCACACGAGGUCGAGCUGGGCUAGGAUCCUUUCCAUCUCCCCAGCUGAACACCAAGGGGAAGGAGGGGCGACGUCUUGUCCAGGACGAGGUGAGAGCAGCAGUGGAGGACAGUAGAACCUGCAAGGCUGUGGGAAUGAAACAACAGGGUGCGUGGACAAGAUGGGAGAACGCAGUUGAGAGGAAAGUGACCUGGGCUGAGCUUUGGAAAGCAGAGCCUCAACGCAUUAAAUUCCUCAUCCAGGCAGUUUAUGAUGUGCUCCCAAGCCCAUCAAAUCUGCACACAUGGGGCAUAGCAGAGACACCGGCAUGCCCACUGUGCUCCAAGCGAGGAACCCUGGAACACAUCCUCAGUGGCUGCACAAGGGCACUUGGAGAUGGACGGUACAGGUGGAGGCAUGAUCAAGUCCUUAAGACUAUCGCGGAAGCCAUUACCGCAGGGCUGGCAUGGGCUAAACAGUUCCGCCCCUCCAACAAAACCAUCACCUUUGUCAGAGCUGGGGACAAGCCUUCCGCGGCCAGCAGAACAUCAUCUGCAGGCAUCCUGACAUCUGCAAGAGACUGGCAGUUGUUGGUGGAUUUGAAAAAAAAGCUGAAGUUCCCCAGCCAUAUUGUAGUUACCACCCUACGACCUGACAUUGUCCUCGUAUCGGAGUCCACCAAACAAGCAGUGCUGCUGGAGCUGACAGUGCCGUGGGAAGAUCGCUUGGAAGAAGCCUUUGAGAGGAAGCUCUCCAAGUACGCAGGACUGGUCAGCGACUGCCAGCUGGCUGGUUGGAGAGCAAGGUGUUUCCCUGUGGAGGUUGGUUGCAGAGGAUUCGCAGCCCGUUCCUUGGCCAGAGCCUACUGUAGUUUAGGCAUCAAUGGAGAGAGGAAAAGGAGAGCCAUCCGCAAUACCACUGAAGCGGCAGAAAGAGCCUCAAGAUGGCUGUGGCUCAAAAGAGGAGAUCCAUGGAGUCAUGGUAGCUAGCUAGCUGUCUGGACACAGGCCGGGACUUGAUCAACCCCGGCUGGGUCACCUGGAGGAGGGCGUCUGAUAGUUGAAAGACCCGAAACGUCCAAUGAAUCCAGGAACAUCACUGAUGAUGUGUCCAGACUAGGCAUCAGUAGAUGUAUGUACACAGCAUGAGUCGCGCCAAGAGUCACGCUUAUCUACACACCCACACGCAAAGACUAAUCCAACACAUAUUCGCAGACACAACCCUACAGACAAACCAAAAUAUUCACCUUGCUACAGCUCUCAACCAAAUUAAGCAUAUCCAAACUUUUAAUUUUGUCAUCCGCAAGAAGACUUCACCCCAUCCAAAUAUCGAUACAGUAUACACCAUCAAUUUACUGUCAAACAAGCCGCCAUCCAAACUUGUUGCACCUCAGCUCCAUUUAGAUGAUAUGAUUUUCGCAGAUCCUCCAUUUCCUGGACGAAUUGUACCACAUCAAUUUUAUGUGAUGUAAUGCCAUCUAUGGCUUUUUUUACAUCUUCUUGUGUCCAUGUUCUAUAAACAAGAAUGACAGGCGACUCAUCUCUUAUGUCUGGAUUUGCAACUUCAAUCAUGGGAAAAGCAUCUCGUACCUCGCUUCCGGAUGAGUCAACUUUUGUCGCAACAGGGGAAAAAUCACUACCCCAACUUUUUGAAAAUUCCACUCCCAAAUCUCCUUUUCCCCUGGUGGCCAUCGGAUGGCCCCUUCUGUAAGAGGGUGGAGGGGAUGGUGGAAAAGGAGGAGAUGUCAGAAGAGUCGGAUAUAACGGUGGUGUAACAACAGUAUUUGUGGAUGCCAUCUCCAACGCAUUUUCUCUUUCUUCUUUCUGCUCCAAUGCAUUCUCCCUUUCUACUUUCCGUUUUCCCCCUGUCAGUAUACCUACCGGACCCGAUUCAUCUUCUUCUUUCCUGUGAAACAUAACGUCUCCCUCAUUCUUUUCAAACUCACUUACACAAUCCCCUCUUUCCACUUUCUCUAAACCCCUCUUUACUUUCACUUUCCGCCUCUUUUCAGCCAAGGACACCCAGAAAUCAAUGUCUCCAAACCCAUCCUUAUCCAUUUUCGUUUUGUCAUUCUUGCACAUUGAUCUAAUAUCAUUCUGCAGGCGCAUCAACGUUUGUAUAGUCAGCUGUCCAGCGAAUUUGUAUUUUUCUAUCCACGUAUCUAAAUGCUUUAUCUUCGAAGGACAUUGGCUCUCUACGAAUCUCCAGUCCUUACAUGUUAACUUCUUUUUGGGAUCACCUCUCUCCACGGUCUUACUAUUAUGGAACCCCCAUUGCGAAUUUGGGGGUGGAACUUUGAGAAUUUGAGAAGUUUUGUUUAGAGUCAGCGAUUUACCUAGGGUAACUUGGCGGACUAUUCCCUUGAACAGGGUGGCAAUUUCUCCGACUGAGGUAAUUUCCAACCUUCUACCACCAAGGUGGCGGGAAAUUCUUGCAUCUGCUUCCUCAGACAGUUGCCACAACAAAUGUCCUGUUCAGAUGAGGUAGCGAACCUCCACUCACACAGUUACAGUCAUUCAUUUAUGCACAUUUAAUUUGCUUUUAUCCGACUACCUUGACCAGAGGUAACGCACUAUAUACACAUUAUUUAUACCCGGAGUUUAAUACACAUUAUUUACACACGGAGUUUAAGCACGUGCAGGACACCGUCGCCCUCACCAGUUUAUGAGACUUGCCGGUCUGUAUGCCUGAUAGGGACUAGUAUGGCUCAGUGCUUUGCGGCUUAAAAAGACCACGUCCUUUUUUGCCGGCGCGCAAACACUCAAUCACCGUUGAAAGAGUCCCUUCCCAACAAACCCUCUCAGGCUCAAAUAGGUUCUCCAACCAGAUGUAGUCUAGGUAUUCGGAUGUCACAAACUUUGAAAAGAAGAAGGUUAGGCUCGCAAACUACAACACCUGUCCUGUGAGGGUUUCAAUUAAAAACAGGUUUAAAGACCACCCCGACCUCCGUCUUUACAAACCCGGCGUGCAAACACUCACCUAGAGUAUUGAUGCGGAGUUUAAGUACGUACAGGACACCGCCGCCCUACUUACCACCAGGAGUAGUCCUCUCUCCUCUGGGAUUCGCUUCAACCCUCAGCCCCCAGACGAGGAGCCGAAACCCAGUCCCAGAAAGGGUGUCUUUGCCGUGGCCACGGUCUUCCUGGCCGUCGACUCAGCGUCAGGUAUGUUGCGAUCCCGGACGAGCCCCCAAAAAUGUCAGGUUUAUCCAAUUUGACACUCAGGAAUAAAACACAAGGAGGAGACUCAAUUGUGGUACCAGUAGGGAACGAGGAGAAGCGUUCGGUUUCAGUUCUCGGCACGUCACCCUAACGAUCUCCCCUUUCACCUCCUCAUUUAUUGGGAAAUCUACUACAUAGGUGUGUCCAACCUAAAGGGUGGGGGCUGUUGAACACACACUGAACCUGUUUGACUAUGUGAGUGUAAAUUGCGUACAUGUGUGCAAUUGUUACAAAGACAUCACGUUGCAGCUGGUGUUGAUGGCUCAUCUCAUGAAUGACAUUGGGGGCGUGGCCUCACCGGAGUCCAAGACUGGCAGAGCUGCAACUCAGCGUGUCAACAGACUGAUUUCGUGCUCGAGGAUAAUAUUGUCUUGUCUCGUUUUUUUAAUUUGCUAUGUAGUGGGCCUCAUACUGUGUGUGCUCUUGAAUUUAUUUCAUCAGAUACUACAUCUUGAUUUCGCCUCCUCAUUUAUUCUUCAGUUAUGUUGACAGUGCAGCUCAGACUUCAAUAAGGAGGCCAGCGACAGCUGAUGCUGCUCACCAGUGUGGGGCAAGCUUCUUGGCAAAUUCGCAGGCUACGCUAGAAUAAAAUGGUGCAAGUCAUAAAACUACAGUGAAUUAUAAACGCAUGUACUGUCCACGUGAAUCCCUCAGGAUUUGUUACGGACUGACUAUGACUUACCUACAUUCAAUGUUAUGGUCACCCCUGUUGUGAUCAUAUGACCAAGAGCCCAUCGAAUUUACUGGAAGAAAUUUGCAGGGAAAUACGUUUCAAAGUUUAAAACGCUGUCUCAGGCGGCACAAUGGCCUCACAGUACAAAGGUACAGAGUUAGAUUCCAGCUCCGGCCUUUUUGUAAGUAC